CGCAGGCGCCCUCGUUGCGUCAGCCUCUUGCUCCGCGCUGGCAGCUGAGGGCCCGGAGAGGGUCGGGUUCGCGGGGGCGCCUCCCGAGGGCCUUCGGUGCCACGAGUCCGGAGACGGAGCAAGGAAGGGCUAGAGUAAGUGCUCCCCUCGGCCACGUGAAUCAGAGCGAGCAUAUUUUCUCCCCGCCCGGCAGGUACUUGUAGAAAGCGGACCCGCCCCCUUCCCGGCCAGGCCUCCCCUUCCCCAUCCCUUUCCUAGGGGGCGACACCCCCUCGGUUCUCGUGAGGCCAGUAAGCCCCCCCGCCGAGGCCAUGAAGCUCGUGAGGAAGGACAUUGAGAAGGACAACGCGGGCCAGGUGACCCUGGUCCCCGAGGAGCCCGAGGACAUGUGGCACACGUACAACCUAGUGCAGGUGGGCGACAGCUUGCGCGCCUCCACCAUCCGCAAGGUGCAGACCGAGUCCUCCACGGGCAGCGUGGGCAGCAACCGGGUGCGCACCACCCUCACUCUGUGCGUGGAGGCCAUCGACUUCGACUCCCAAGCCUGCCAGCUGCGGGUCAAGGGGACCAACAUCCAAGAGAACGAGUACGUCAAGAUGGGGGCUUACCACACCAUCGAGCUGGAGCCCAACCGCCAGUUCACCUUGGCCAAGAAACAGUGGGACAGCGUGGUUCUGGAGCGCAUCGAGCAGGCCUGCGACCCAGCCUGGAGCGCUGAUGUGGCUGCCGUGGUCAUGCAGGAAGGCCUCGCCCAUAUCUGUCUAGUCACUCCCAGCAUGACCCUCACCCGGGCCAAGGUGGAGGUGAACAUCCCCAGGAAGAGGAAAGGCAACUGCUCGCAGCACGACCGGGCCUUGGAGCGGUUCUACGAGCAGGUGGUCCAGGCCAUCCAGCGCCACAUACACUUCGACGUCGUCAAGUGCGUCCUGGUGGCCAGCCCGGGGUUCGUGAGGGAGCAGUUCUGCGACUACAUGUUUCAGCAAGCGGUGAAGACGGACAACAAAGUGCUCCUGGAAAACCGGUCCAAAUUCCUUCAGGUACAUGCCUCCUCUGGACACAAGUACUCCUUGAAAGAGGCCCUUUGUGACCCUACCAUUGCUAGCCGCCUUUCAGACACUAAAGCUGCUGGAGAAGUAAAAGCCCUGGAUGACUUUUACAAAAUGUUACAGCACGAACCUGACCGAGCUUUCUAUGGACUCAAGCAGGUGGAGAAGGCCAACGAAGCCAUGGCAAUCGACACGUUGCUCAUCAGCGAUGAGCUCUUCAGGCACCAGGAUGUAGCCACGCGAAGCCGGUAUGUGAAGCUGGUGGACAGCGUGAAGGAGAACGCAGGCACGGUCAGGAUAUUCUCCAGUCUUCACGUGUCUGGGGAGCAGCUCAGCCAGCUGACUGGAGUAGCUGCCAUUCUUCGCUUCCCUGUGGCUGAGCUCUCCGACCAAGAGGAUGACUCCAGUUCUGAAGAGGAUUGAUGAGUGAGACUUAGAAUUAAGACACCCUUCUGUCUCACUCUGCCACUGUUAGGUUUUCUCAGCAUCCUUGUGACAGCUGCAAGAGGGACACUUUUUGAUUCAUUCAGGAAUAUCUCUUAUGUUUGGUUGCACUGGUGUUUUCUGAUCAGCAGGACAUGUAUUCAAACUAAACAAUAAAAACUAAAAGGAAAUAAUCUCCAUGUACUAUUAUCUUUA